AUGACUGUGAUGGUCCAGUUUGUGCGACGGGAAUCGGUCGAAAUGACAACGAAAGCCAUGCACGUAAGGGCGGUGGACAAUAGACCGCGCGGACAUUGCCUCAAGGGCUUGGAUUGGACAGAGAUCAAUUUAGCAUCGCAGAUUAUGGGGAAAGCCAUAGGUCAAUCAUUCGACUGGAAUAUGAUUCCAUCUCUCAUUCUUUCAUGCGCCUCCAUCUUCAAUCUCUCUCUGGAUCGAAUUAUCGGGUUUCAGCGCCCUUUCUUGAUUCUGUCUGACCGGGAAACGCGAUCGCUUUACGCACGCCGCGAUGUGGCUUAUCCAACCCCAAUUAUUCUUGUCUCUUCUUUAGGUGAUCCCCUAACUUCCGCCAUGCCGGCACCAAGAAACAACGGCGUGGUCAGCCCAUCCCCACCCGGGACAUCGCCAAUUCUCUUUUACUCGGUCGCUGGGUCUGAUGGCUCCACCAUCAUGGUGUUGCUCUUUAAUGAAGGCUGUGGACUCAUCAAGACGCAUUCUGUCUGUAACCUUCUUUUUGCUCUGAUUCGUCGUGUACCUGCCGACCCCUCCCAGGCACGAACCGUCGCCCUCCCAAUGGGCGGCAACGAGCCGCCCAGUGAAUGGCCCAGGCGACAAGAACACUCAAGCUGA